UUUGUUUUGACUGGAUCCUCGGAAGAUAGUAGAUGACGUCACAUUCGCGCGCCGAAUAAGGAAAACUGCAGACGUUCAUUCUUAUAAAUUCAUCCUUCGAAUUCACGAUCCAUCGAAAUGGCGAUAUUUCCCAGCUCACUAACAGAAGAUGAGGAAGCAUUGCAGAAGAAAUAUGCCAAAUUAAAGAAAAAGAAAAAGGCCCUAAUGGCUCUGAAGAAACAGAGCUCCACAAAUCAGACGAGUCAGACAGGACUGAAGCGCACUUUGUCAGAUCAGCCAGUGGUGGACACAGCGACAGCAACAGAGCAAGCGAAAAUGCUGAUCAAGUCUGGAGCCAUCAGUGCCAUCAAAUCAGAAAACAAGAACUCAGGCUUCAAGCGCUCCAGAACACUCGAGGGUAAACUUAAAGAUCCUGAGAAAGGUCCUGCUCCAGCAUUCCUACCAUUUCAAAGGAGCGUCUCUACAGAUGAGGAGCCUCCUGAUUCUGCUAAACGGGCCCACAGGAAAUCCCUGUAUGAGAGUUUUGUUCCUGGAGAUCGAUCUCGUGAUGAUGAGGGAGGGAUGUUGAUUCGAGAUCCUGAGCGGGAUCGGGAAAGAGAGGUAGACUGGGAGAAAGAUCGAGACAGAGACCGGGACAGAGAGAGGGACCGUGAAAGAGGCCGGGAGAGAGAUCGGGAUAGUGAACGAGACAGGAGCCGGGAUAGAGAAAGGGACAGAGACAGGGACAAAGAUCGUGACAGGGACAGAGAACGAGACCGAGAACGAGACAGAGAGCGGGACGGACCCUACAGACGGUCAGACUCAUAUCCAGAGCGCAGAGGGGUGCGCAAAGGAAACACAGUGUAUGUAUACGGCACAGGUUUAGUGGAAGACAGUUUGCGCUCAGCCUUUGCUCAGCAUGGCAACAUCAUCGACCUUUCAAUGGACUCACCACGCAAUUGUGCCUUUGUGACCUUUGAGAAGAUGGAAUCAGCAGACCAAGCUGUGGCAGAGCUGAAUGGCACUACUGUGGGUGACGUCAACAUCAAAGUCAGCAUUGCCAGGAAGCAGCCCAUGCUUGAUGCCGCCACAGGGAAAUCUGUCUGGGCCUCUCUUGCUGUGCAGAACAGUGCCAAGGGCUCGUACAGAGACAAACGGAGCCAGGUCGUCUACAACGAAGAUUUCCUUUGAAAACAGUUGUUUAGCACAUGCUAAAUUUCUAAAGAGGUCCACUUAGAUUGUCUACUUAAAGCAGACAUUUUGUUUUUCAUAGAAGUGACAAAGUAAAUCUUACUUUUCUGUCAUUUUCUUAAGUAAUUAUCAUGAUGUUUGAGCAUGUUUACUGCUCAGUGUCUCUGGACAUUUAGCUCAGUUAUGGUUUAUGUUGUUGUGUUCAAUAAAUCAAUCAAACGUC